GAUUCCGCUUUAGCUCUUCUCCAGCGGUUGCAGCAAGUGGUUUUGAUCGACAGAGCGCGUUUGGUUUUCAUUAGAUCGUCUCGACGCUGACCCCCUGCCCCCUCUGGAGUAAUGUGAAACCAGCCCACUGGCAGACGCGCUGUGCGGCCGGAAAGGAGCCGAGCGGAGCUGCUGCAGACUGCGCUGCCUCCACCGCCCGGUCCGCAUGCUGCGCCGCUGCCGCACAGCGCCGCACAUUGGUCCGCGCAGCGACACACUGCCGAGACGUGCGAUGGCAGAGAAGUAGUGUUCUUACAUGCUGAACCUGUGCAGUCUUCCCUGAGGAGAUCAUUUUUUUUUUAUUGUUAUUACUUUUGCUAGAGGUCGCAGCCAUGGGGAGCUGUCAGACUCCCAGGAGUUUACGCAGAGGCGUCCGGGGCUCCGCUCCUCUGCUGGCCGCGGCGCUGCUCACUCUUCUGUCCGCGGGGAUGCAACAAACCACAGCCUUUCCCUCCUGGAGGUCCGAGGAAGAAGCUUACACCACUGCCUUACUCAUCGGGAUCCGCAAAGAGGCCCGGUCACAAGUGCUUCACCUCUCCAGGAACAAGCGCUACACCCUCACGCCGGAGCAGCUCAAAUGGGACAAGUUUAAGCUGACAUACAAGUUGCUCUCCUUCCCAACGAACCUGAUAAAUGCCAGCGACACGCGUCGAGGGAUCGCAAGGGCUUUUGGCAUGUGGAGCGACAUCUCGCCGUUCAGCUUCAGAGAGGUGCCAGCUGACCAAGAAGCAGACAUUAAGAUUGGCUUCUAUCCCGUCAACCACACAGAUUGUCUGCAGUCCUACUUGCACCAUUGUUUCGACGGCAUCACGGGAGAAUUGGCUCACGCAUUCUUCCCGCCAACAGGCGAGAUCCACUUUGACGACCAUGAAUACUGGAUUCUUGGAAACAUGCGUUUCAGCUGGAAGAAAGGAGUCUGGCUCACAGAUCUUGUCCACGUGGCAAGUCAUGAAAUUGGACAUGCCCUGGGACUCAUGCACUCCUUGGACUCGAAAGCGAUAAUGCACCUGAAUGCAACUCUGACAGGGCGCAAGCUCAUCACACAGGAUGAGGUGUGGGGUGUGCACCGUCUCUACGGUUGUUUGGACCGGUUAUUUAUCUGUCCAGCCUGGGCUCGGAAAGGCUAUUGCGACAGCAAGCGAAGGCUGAUGCAGAAGCACUGCCCCUCCAGCUGUGAUUUCUGUUACGAAUUUCCGUUCCCCACAGUGGCUCCCACACCGACUCCACCAAGGACCAAACACAAGUUAGUUGUUGAAGGCAAGAAGCUGACUUUUCGUUGCGGGAAGAAAAUAGCAUCUAAGAAAGGCAAAGUAUACUGGUACAAAGACGGGGAGCAGCUGGAAUUCUCUCACCCAAACUACAUCUCGCUGACAGAUGACCACAUCACCAUUGUGGCCAACGCCAUCAACGAAGGCACAUACACCUGCAUUGUGAAGAAAAAAGACAAAGUCCUCACCAACUACUCGUGGAGGGUACGCGUGCGAUUCUGAACAGGACACAUUCACACGUGGUCACCAGGACACCUCAUUCUCUAGGGCACAUAGUUCUUUUAAUUUUUUAAGAAAAUGUUUUCCUGAAUCUACCACACACACACACACGACUGUCUUGUCAUUUGUGUAAAUGUGUUUUCAUUUGUUCAAAUAAUAAAUGAUCCGUGACCUGUA